CAAAAGUUGAAAAAUCAAAUUCGCAAUUUGAAAGUUCGAAUUACCUGUUUGAAAGAAGAAAGUACUGAUUUAAUCAUGGAAAUUGCCAGUUUGGAAAAAGAGAGUACUAAUCACGAAUAUUAUUUAGCUGCGGAAAUUAUUCAUUUGGAAAAUGAGAUUGCUCGUUUGAAUAAAUUAAAUCAAGAAGCCAAAUUAAUGUUGGAGGUGAAGUUUGCUGAAAAUCAACAACUGGGUGCAUAUUGUGAAUAUUUGGAAGGUAAUGGACCACCGCCAUCAAAUGAAGAUUGCAAUAAAUUAGAAUCAAUAUUUUCUAAUUUAAAAAGGGAAACACUUCAAAAAGUUUAUCAAACAGGAUUAUAA